AUGGCAUUCAGAAAUAGAAAUAGGCUACAGUGUUACGUGUGUGAUGCCAUAGUACGACCAGGACAAUUGGCACGAAUUGACGGCGAUGAUAAUUUAAAUAAGUGUGAAAUUGCUAUUAGCAGACGCGAUGCAAAUAAUCGACCAGCACUUGAUAUAACAGCUCGUACUAGACUUUGCGUUAAUUGCAAUCGUUCUAUUCUUAAUGAAAUAGAAGCUAUUGAGCGGGACCCUACUUGUUUGAGAUUGAACGUAUUGACACAAACCUCUAGUCAUACGUGUAUGAUCUGUAAUCAGUAUGCUAAUAUACAGAGAUUAUCAGUUGAGUGCCGAGUAAAUAUUUUCGUCAUAAGGAAUAUUUAUAUACCUGAGACGACUAAAUGUUGCAAUAUCCACUUAGAUCAUAAUGGUUUGUUGUUACAAUACUUGUUGGGUGGAUUAAAGUUUGUUAACAGACCGUAUGUGAUACGUGGACAGCAGUUACAAAUUAUUCUGCAAGAACUUCGAAGAGCUAAUCAGAACAGUUGCUCAUAUAAUGAUGAAAAUAGUUUUACUGACGAAGAGUUUAAAUCGAUAACCCCCAUAUCACAAAAUCAGUUCCGCGAAUUAUAUACAUUCUGUGAUCCAGUAUCGCGAAUAGAUGGAAAGGGUUACAGAUACAUAUCAAAAAGAGAUCUUCUGUUAUUUCUCUGUAAACUACGUCAAGGCCUGAGUGAUGAAUUUUUGAAAGUCAUCUUUCAUUAUCCUAGCAGACAAACCGUAAGUUUAACUAUCCAAACAGUGAGAAGAUCUCUUAUGCAACGAUUCGUACCUCAAAAUAUUGGUUUCCAAGCAAUAACGAGAAAUGAAUUUAUUGAAAGACACGUUACCGAUUUCGCUAAUGGCCUGUACAAUCCACAACCCAAUGAACCUAGAAUAAUUGCUUAUAUUGACGGUACCUAUGCUUACAUACACAAAAGCAGUAACUUCCGUAUCUUAAGGCAAUCUUACUGUCGUCAUAAAGGUCGCCAUUUAGUUAAACCUGCUCUUAUUGUGGCUCCAGAUGGCUACAUACUAACAAUCCAAGGUCCAUACUUUUCAGAUUCAAGGAAUAAUGAUGCGGAGAUGCUUCGAAAUGAGUAUGCUAGAGAUGGUGAUGCGAUGAGAGCAUGGUUUCAAGAUGGAGACAUUUUUGUAGUUGAUCGCGGAUACCGGGAUACUAUGCCUAUGCUCGAAGCCUUGGGAAUUCAUGUAAAAAUGCCACCCAUUCUCGAGCCUGGACAACGUCAAUUUUCCACUGAACAAGCAAACAAAUCACGUUUAGUUACCAAAACUAGGUGGAUAAUUGAAGCUAGAAACGACCAUAUAAAAAGCGUCUUCAAGUUUUUUGCACAAACCGUUAUUAUGCCGCAUGUCACGAAUCUCGGUGAUUUCUUCCGUAUAGCAGGAGCAAUUAUAAAUAGGUAUCAUCCAUUGGUACACAUGGAAGGUGCUAACUUCCAAUUAGCUCAACAAUUAUUAGCUAGAGCCCAGGAGCCAAACGUCGUGCAAGCUCGAGUAGAAAUGGAAAAUCUUCGUACGAGAAAUGCAAGAUGGAUUCGCUUGAACCACAAUCAGGUUAACGAUUUUCCACACCUUGACAUAGAUUACCUUAGAGAUUUGACCGUUGGAAUAUAUCAGGUAUAUCUUGCAGCUGGAUAUAUCCAAGAUAGGCUUCAGCGAGAAGACAAAGAAUUUCAUAUAGAUAUGCUCACUAAUGAACAUGGCUUUUUGCGAGUACGACAAUAUUCACGUUUUCGGAAUGCGACAACGCAUCAAUUAUGGAUAGCGUACAACGCUAUCCAUAAUGAAAACAAUAUUGAUGAUGAAAACAAUAUCGAUCAUAAACAUAUUCUUGGAUAUUACUGUACUUGCCAAUCCGGAGCAAGAAUUGUUGGAUGCUGUGCACACGUAGCAAGCGUAAUCUGGUUUCUGGGCUACGCAAGACAUCAACCAAAUAUAAGGUACCUGAAGCAUCUCUACUUCAUUCGGUCUUAG